CAUUACCUGAAACCUGAGCAAGUUUAAGUGGAAAAUGUCAGAGAAUUUUCAGUGUACAAUGUACAUUUCACACAUGCUCUGGAGGCAGCAGGGGGUGUAGUGUUUAGGGCUGUCUUUUGGCAAUUUCAAGGUUCCUGGUUCCCUCCUUUUGCUAUAGUAACCUUGGUGAAGGUACUUAAUUAUUGCAGGAAAAUUACAUAACUAUUAAUGCAUCUGUAAAUGCUGUAGCUUUGAAUACAAGAUUACUCUAACUUGCUUUGGACUAUGGCGUCAGCUAAAUAAAGAUUAAUAUAAUAAUAAUGGUGAUGGCAAAAUCCAAGUAAUCGCACGCGCAGUGUUCUGCCAGGAGCCGGUUCUUCUGGCUCCUAUUGCGUAACCCCGCCAUUCAGGCGGCAGAGGCACGUGGCAGCCACGAGGGGCGCUGCUGCGCGGGCCCGCGACCAGGUGCUGCUGCUUAUCACUCGCUCGCACGUGCCGCGCGCAAGAAUGUCUCGGACGGACUGGUCCCGCAGGUUUGGGGUGGGGAGGCCUUGGGAGGCUCCGGCUAUAAGAGCUCCAAGAGUGGGGGGCGCCCCCUGAGUGCAGCCGGACGGACGGUCAGUGUUCGUACACCAUGAACACACUGGGCGAGUUUUAAGCCCCCACGCAACCAGGAAGCCGGAUACUACUUUUUUUUUUUUUGUGUGUGUCUUACCUUUGGACCCUCGGAUGUUUUAUUUUUCCUCUCCUUCCAGUUUCCGAAGUAUCUUUCACUUUUCCCUUCUCCCCGUUUUAUACGGUACUGAGAAGAGAACUUUUGUGCGAAAGUUUCCAGCGUUUUCUCUCGGUUUUGAGUGAAUUAUUUGUCCAUAUCGCUACUGUGUAGCGACCGCAUCUCACCGGGUUCCUCAGCUGAGACGAUUGGCGCUCGAGCGGGAGACGGAGCUGCGGCGCGAGACUCGGGGUCGCCGCGUGUCGUAAUGGGGCGGAACAACAACGAGGCGCGCGCAGCCGGCGCCGCGAACCCCUUCGUGCACGAGCUCCGGCUGAGCGCCUGGCGGAAGCUCCAGGUUCUGCUUAUGGGUCUGGUGCUCUUCCCAGUGCGUGUUGCCUUGGCCGCCCUGCUUUUCUUGCUCAUGUGGCCCGUUGCGAAGCUGCGGCUCGCCGGCCUCUCGGCGGAGGAGAGGGCGCAGCCCGUGCGGGGGUGGAGGAGCUGGGUGCUGCACCCCAUGAUGCUGCUCCUCAGCCGUGCGGUGUUCUUCUCCCUGGGCUUCUUCUGGGUCAAGGUCAAGGGCCGCCAAGCGGCACCGAAGGAGGCGCCGCUGCUCGCCGUAGCCCCUCACAGCAGCUUCCUGGACAUGCUGAUUCUGUGUGUGGCUGGACUGCCCACCGUAGUGUCCCGCUCAGAAAACACCACCCUCCCUGUCAUUGGAGCGCUGCUGGAGUUCAACCAGUCACUGCUAGUGAGCCGGAAGGAUCCAGAAUCGAGAAGACGUUGCGCUGCACAGCUCAGUGAGAGACUGCAGUCCAAUGGUCGCUGGCCUCAGAUGCUGCUCUUCCCAGAAGGAACCACAACCAACGGUCAGGCGCUCAUCAAAUUCAAGCAUGGGGGGUUUGCUCCAGGAGUCCCCGUCCAGCCUGUACUGCUGCGGUACCCCAACAAACUGGACACUGUUCGCUGGACCUGGAAGGGGACAGGCUGGGUACAGGCACUGUGGUACACGACUUCUCAACUUUACACCAACAUCACUGUGGAGUUCCUGCCAGUAUACAGUCCAUCCGAGGAGGAGAAG